AAUCUGAAUGAAUUUCAUCAAAUUCUUUACAGCAAAUUGAAAAAGCUAAGCAGAGAUGCUGACAAACACAAUGAGAUUGUCUGUUUUAUGUGCGUUCUUUUACUUGAUGUUGGUUUGUACAACCAGUGGAAAGCCCACCAACAAAAUCACGAAUGAAGAGCCGCCAUGUUGGAAAAAAGUGAAGGACCUGAAAGAAAAGCGAAAAUCAAUUGAUAUAUUACUCGGCAGAGGUCUAGCUACCUUUCCAGUUUCUUUUCCAAACUGUGAUGAUAAUGGCUACUACACUUUGCGACAGUGUUCUGUAUUCAAGGGAUGUCAUUGUGUUGAUAAAUACGGGCAACGCACGUCAAACAAAUCUCUGUCACAGUGGGAAUGUGAACUGCUUCAGAUAAAGACGACAUCUAAAAUUGAUGAUACGACACAGUUACAAACAGCAACAUCACAGCCAACGUUUGAUGCAGACACAACGUCAAUUGUGAGCACGGAGCCUGAACCUGAAGUGACUACACUCCAAGAUGACAGUAAAGAGACACCUUGCUGGAACAAAGUGGAAGCACUUGAAGCGAAAUUUGGUGGGCGAUAUCCCGCAGAUUUUUCGUUUCCAAGGUGCGACACGAAUGGCUAUUAUGAACUCAUUCAGUGUCGUGCAUUUCUUGGCUGUCAUUGUGUUGAUAAAUAUGGACAAGAGACAACGCAAGUACUCAAAGGAUGGUCACGUGGUUGCAUAUAACUGAAAUUUCAAUUUUGUUUGACUUUCGUCUAAACCGUACGAUAACUAAUUAAAAAUUACUUUUCAAA